AUGAUAUCAAUGCCGGAAGUGAUCAUAUCAAUACCAGAAAUGAUGAUACCAAUACCGGAAGUGAUGGUAUCAAUACCAGAAAUGAUGAUACCAAUACCGGAAGUGAGGACAAGUGAUGUCGGAAGUGAUGGUAACGAUGAUGGCGGCCAUUUUAAGUCGAAAUUUAGCAGCAUACUAGCCAACAACUGGACAGUUUGCAGGGAAGAGAAAUCGCGGCCAACAACAAGUAACAUUCGGAAAGUCGUUGUCGGUCACUUGUUGAAUAUCACCACAUUUCAACUGCUACAAAGUGUUAAAGAUCGGGUUUUGUGGUUGUCGAUGGUUGCCAAUGUCCUGAAAAGAUGA